ACGGUUCCUAAAACCCCUGAAUCGUUCAUCUUCUGAGCUUGCUCGUAUCGUUCAGUGGCCGUCAUUUCAACUAUUGCCCUUUAUUUCUCGCAUCUACUCAUCGUCUCCUUUGGUCGUUUCUGCCUCGCUGCUCUUGAUCAUUCAUCGUUGCCUUGUUCCUUGUCUCCUAUCUGAGAUUUGCAUGUCGCUGCUUGGAGAUGAGUCGGGGUCUCAAUGGUGUAGGAAAAUCAUACAACAAUUUUGCGAACGGCAUAAAAGCAAAGAUCCUGGACAUCACACACCCAAUAAAUUGAAAGUUGAAACCACAGAUAGGCUUCUGCCGUACUGACUGGUUUGAGACGCAUCCAGAUAUAUUGUCCACAGAGCAUUGCUCCUUCUGAAGAACAGGAACCUGAAGCUGUUGAGUGUUGGUUACUGUAAUCAUAACUUGUAAAGAUAAUGUCAGAAGCUGACCCUUCGUCCAUCUUCUCCCAGAAGAACUCAAGACUGCCUGAAGACACCGUCUUCUUCUCCAUAUUUCCCGACUUUUCUCUUUCAUCAGACCUCAAAUACCAAAAUUCUAAAACGGAUCCUCUUCUCUCCUCACAGCUCCAGUGUCUCCACCUCCAAAUCCUCCAGACUCUUUCCUGCUACACCACCAGCUACAUAUGGCAACAUGAACCCUUCAGUCUCUCCCUGUCCACACAGGCAUCCUGUGCCUUUUGCCCCUCUUCCUCGAAUCAGUUUCCCCAUCUUCAUGGAAAGCUUAGGUAUGGAGACAAUCUUGAAGAUGAAUGGUUUGUUGUGUUCCUACUCUUUGAGAUCUCAUGCAAAUUUCCGAAUCUCUCAAUCCGUGUAUGGGACACUGAUGGCGAGUUUCUCCUUAUUGAGGCUGCUUUCCACCUCCCAAAGUGGCUUAACCCUGAGACCAGCACCAAUCGUAUCUUUAUCCGUGGUGGCAACUUACAUAUUGUUCCCAACAAUCAUUUCCCUUCGGUUCCCACUUUAUUUGAUGCUCUUUUGUAUGUAAUGAAAUGCGAGGAUAAAACCAAGGCUUCAAGUUCCGUUCAAUUAGCUAUAAAACAUCGAAUUGGGGACUAUCCUGACAGGGCAAUUAAGAAUAUGCAUAGGGUUAGGGUCCAGGUUCCAGCAUUGGUGGCACAUGUCUUGAAGCAUGAACCCUGCUUAAUAUCACUAGCUGUGGAGGGGUUUUAUGACCGAGACAUAGAUUCAAUGAAGUAUGCAGCAAAUAUGGAAAGAUUUUUGCCUAACAAAAGUGCUGAUGAGAUAGUUGAGGUGACGGUGAUGAUGUCACGUGCAAUGUAUGCACAAUUGAUGCAACAAACAUUUCAGGCCCCUAAGUGUUAUCCAAUGCCGACAAGGAGUGAUAGUGGUUACGCUGCAGCAGAGUUGGGAAUGAAGAUAGCAUGUGGGUUUGAAAUGAUUUAUCAGGUGAGAAAACGAGAAGUGUUGGAAGGGAAAGGGAGCUCGUGGGAGGUGUAUAGAGAAAGUUUAGAUAGGAGUGGGUACUUUGAAGGGUUGCUUCCUGGGUCAAAGGAGUAUAAAAGAUUGAUGGAGAAUGCAGAAGAUUAUUACAGAAAAAGUUCCUUACAUUCCAGAGAAAGCGAAAUUAUGAGUGCUCCAGUCAGGCGCAUAGAUGAUAUCCUUGCUCAUCCCUUUUCAGCAGAUGACUUUAAAGGUAAAGAAGUUCCUCCAUCAGAUGAUGAUUUGUGGCUCUACAAUGGUGAGGAUGAACUAAAUGCUGCUCUUCUUGAGAGGCAGCAAGAGAUGGAACAUUACGAUCUGAACCGUAAAAAGAAUAAGAAAUCCAAAGAGCAGGAGGAUGUUGGUCCCUCGUCCUCCUCAAAUAUAGAUGAUUAUGAUCUUGGUGAUAUAGCAAAAUCGAUGCAAGCAUUUAUUCAGAAGAUGUCAAGCUUCGAGGGAGCAGAAGUUCCUGGAGACAGGAAUCCAAACAAUGUGGACCUUGAUGUGGAGCGAUUUAUGAAAGAAAUCGAGUCAGUUAUGAAGACUCCAAAUGCAGAACAUGCUGAUGAUGAUGAUGAUGAUGAUGUUGAUGAAGACCUUUCCUCUGACAUGGAUUUGGAUGAUUCUGAAGAUAGCGAUAUUGGAGAGGUGUCUGAUGAUCACGAAGAUGAACAAACAGCUUUCAUGAGCUCUUACUCUGAUGCUCUGAGUGAGGAACUCAAGAGCACGACACUUGGUAAAAGUUUUGUUCGUGCAAAUGAGCCAACCUUCAAAAAGGAUGAGGGAACAUCAAAUGCCGCUGGAGAUGUGCAGGAUGAGUUCACACAUGUGGAUGUAGAUGUGAACCUUGUGAAGAGUUUUCUUGGUUCAUUUUCUUCUCAAGAGGGACUACCAGGUCCAGCUUCUAAUCUGCUUGGCCUCAUGGGCCUUCAACUCCCACAAGACGACAAGACCGACAAAUGAUUUUGCUCUCUCUUUUACAACCUUCCAAUUUUCAUAGGCGAAGAUACUUGAUUUUCUGAGAGGUUAGCUUUCUGAUUGAUCCUACUCCGACUCUAUAUUUGAAUACAUGUAAAAUAGUACCGUGUUUCUUACAAAUGUUUAAGUAUAGUUAAAUUCUAGAGGGAUCUUCUGGUAGCGUUUGAAACACUGAUUUUGUCAUAUGACAUGGAUGCUCAAGUUCAUCUUGAUGAUGUUUCGAGGAUGCAUUUGGGUCUUGGAAUUGGUAGUUUCGGCAUGGUGCUGUAAUAA